GUGGAUGUGUAAAACGAUGGCGGUCGCCCUGAGGAGAAGCUUGGUAACAUUGGUCAAGGACCUGGGAGUCCCCCGCUGGCAGCAGCUGGCCUCUCGACCUCUGAGUGUGUCUGCAGGGCUGUGCAAUUCAAAGUCCCCAAUGGCCCGCGCUGAUGGGACCUUCAAGGUCACAAUGGUUCCUGGAGAUGGAGUAGGACCUGAGCUGAUGACUGCUGUCAAGGAUGUCUUUAAGGCAGGAAACAUCCCUGUUGAAUUUGAGGAAUUUCAUCUGAGUGAAGUGCAAAACAUGGCCACUGAGGAGAAACUAGAGCAAGUAUUGACUUCACUGAGGAACAACAGAGUAGCUAUCAAAGGAAAGAUUCACACACCUAUGGAGUUCAAAGGAGAAUUGGCAUCAUAUGAAAUGAAACUAAGACGUAAACUGGACCUGUUUGCUAACGUGGUUCAUGUGAAUAGCCUCCCUGGUUACAACACCCGCCACAACAACCUGGACCUCGUCAUCAUCCGUGAGCAGACUGAGGGGGAGUACAGCUCACUGGAGCACGAGAGUGUAUCAGGUGUGAUUGAAUGUUUGAAGAUCAUCACCAGAGAAAAGUCACGGCGUAUCGCCAAGUUCGCCUUUGAUUACGCCACCAAGAAGGGCCGGAACAAGGUCACAGCUGUCCACAAAGCCAAUAUCAUGAAAUUAGGUGAUGGCUUGUUCCUGCAGAGUUGUGCAGAGGUGGCACAGCUGUACCCCAAAAUCAAAUACGAGAACAUAAUCAUCGACAACUGUUGUAUGCAGCUGGUUCAGAAUCCAUACCAGUUUGAUGUAUUGGUGAUGCCCAACUUGUAUGGAAAUAUUAUCGAUAAUUUGGCAGCAGGGCUGGUUGGAGGAGCAGGAGUGGUCCCUGGGGAAAGCUACAGCGCUGAAUACGCUGUGUUUGAGACGGGUGCACGCCACCCUUUUGCACAAGCUGUAGGAAGGAAUAUUGCCAACCCGACCGCCAUGCUGCUCAGUGCUGCGAAUAUGCUUCGACACCUCAAUUUGGAAUACCACUCCCAAAUGGUAACAGAUGCUGUGAAGAAGGUCAUCAAACAGGGAAAGGUGCGCACCGGAGACCUCGGGGGCUAUGCGACAAGCGAUGAAUUCACCCGGGCUGUCAUUGCUAACCUGGCAGUCUAAGCUUUGCAAAGGCAAAUCUGUCAGCUGCUAAGACGCACACAUGCAGUCUGGCAUUAAUGUAUUUCAUCAAGACCUUGAGCACGUCAUUUAUUCUUGCGCACAGCUAAAUGCGAAGGAAAUACACAGAUAUGUUUGCUAACUUCCUGCUUUUUACAUCACAAUACCAUUAUAAAGUCCUAAUCUGCACAAUCAGCUGCUCCCCCAGUCAAUCCCGUUGUGCUCUUAUCCUAUAAUUUCUGUGUUACGGGUUUAUUUCAGGAGAUUAACCAUCAGUCAAAACAUGAUGGAUAUGUACUACUUAUUUAUUAACUUUAAGUUGUGGCGUAUUCUUCAUUUAUGAUGCAUUUUGAAUAAUAAAUGAGAUGUGUGAAAUAUUUGUAUCGCUCCUAAUG